AACCAUGUCGCCAUUUUGAUUCGAAAAAUAUGACUGAGUUUUUCCUGCCUUGCAAGCUAAAGUUAGCCUCGCGUUUGAAUCACUCUGUGCGUGAGUACGAGCCCUACGCCGUAUACCGGGAAUAACAGGCAUCGCUUUUUCGUGCCGGGUGGCCACUGGCGUCGGGGAACUCGUCUAUUUGGCAGACUUCACAGCAACAUUCGGCUAACGCUAGCUAAGUUGAGCUAGCUAACAGUAGCCAGUGUUGUCGCAGGCUGACCCCUUCUUCAAAACAAAUCACUAUCCGCACACAGGCUAAUGUAUGUUAGCUAACAGUGAGCUGGGUAGCUAGAGACUUGAUAGCUGGUUGCUUGACGUGAGACUCCACGAACUCACAGGCAGGAGGACCAGCCGCGGGUUUUCAACCAAAGGUUAUGGUUAGCCUCUCAGUGUCUCAUCUCCUAAAGAGGCCUGCAUUUUAAGAGGAGACCCAUGCUGAUAAAUGCCAGGCCUCGCCACACUCUCUGUCGUCUGCACAAACACAAAUGCCUGCCUGCCCGUGGGGGAGGUCUGAUUAAAGAUAUCCACAUUUCAUCCACUGGGCUCUGUCCCCCGUCCCAGCGGCCACCAUGUUUUGGAAGUUCGACCUGCACACCACCUCCCACAUUGACCAGCUGCUUGACAGGGAGGACGUGACGCUGAGAGAGCUGAUGGAGGAGGAUGAUGUCCUGCAAGAGUGCAAAGCACAAAACCGCAGAUUGCUCCUCUUCCUCUGCCAGGACCACUGCAUGCAGGAGCUGGUCAGCCUCAUCACCACAGAGCCGCCUGCUGACCUGGAGGAAAGGAGCCGCUUUAAAUUUCCCAACAUUGCUUGUGAGCUCCUGACAUCAGAUGUGUCCAUUAUAAAUGAUAAGCUGGGCGGGGAGGAGUCUCUCCUCGAGAUACUAUACCACUUCUUGGAGCAGGAUCCGCCCCUCAACCCGCUACUCGCCAGCUUUUUCAGCAAAACCAUCGGCAACCUCAUUGCCAGGAAAACCGAACAGGUGAUUACCUUUCUAAAGAAAAAGGAAGGCUUCAUUGGUCUGGUGCUGAAACAUAUUGAUGCCUCUGCCAUGAUGGACCUGCUGCUUCGCCUCAUCAGUUGUGUGGAGCCUGCCCCCUUGAGGCAGGAGGUCCUUCAUUGGCUGAAUGAGGAGAAUUUGGUACAGAGACUGACAGAGCUUAUCCAUACUGGUAAAGAUGAGGAGAGACAAUCGAAUGCGUCCCAAACGCUAUGUGACAUCAUCCGCCUUAGUCGAGACCAGGCCAAUCAGAUGCAGGAUGGCAUGGAGACUGACCCACUAUUGGCUGUACUAGAGUCGCAGGAGAGUGUGGCGGGACUCCUAAAGAACUUAUUUGAUGGGGAGAGGAGCGAGGCCUCCAUCGUUAAUGGAACUCAAGUGCUACUUACCUUACUGGAGACCAGGAGGUCAGGGUUGGAAGGGCUGAUGGAUCUGUAUUCUCAGGGUUAUGAAAGGUCUUACACUGUCAACAGCAGUAUUUUAAACGCCAUUGAGCCCCAUUUAAAGGACUUCCAGCAGCUUCUUCUGGAUCCCCCCAAGAAAAGUGCAAUAUUGACGACCGUUGGCCUUCUGGAGCAGCCACUGGGGAACGCCCGCCUUCAUGUGGCCCGGCUAGUGGCUGCCCUAUUGCAGACCAAUUCCCCCAGUAUGUGCCAGGAGCUGUGCAAUCUUACCACCAUGGACCUACUACUGGAUCUGUUCUUCAAAUACUCCUGGAAUAAUUUUUUGCACUUCCAAGUGGAGCUGUGCGUGGCAGCGAUCUUGAACCACCCUUCCUCAGAGGAGCAGCAUGUCCCAGGUCUCCAGAACCACGAUGGGAACCCUGCCGUGUCUAGCCUUGAAGAGCAGGGGGAGGCCGUGGAGACAGGCAGGACCGUUGACCCACAGACCUCCAUCCACAAUGCCCUUGUGGCCCAUCUCUUCCAGAAGUGUCGAUUGGUACAGAGGAUCCUUGACGCCUGGGAGGAGAACGAUAGAAUACAGGCUGAGGGAGGCACCAGGAGAGGCAACAUGGGUCAUCUGACCAGAAUUGCCAACAUGGUGGUCCAGAACCUGGAGAAAGGAUCCGUACAGGUCCAGAUCACUGACCUCAUAAAAGAGCUGCCAGAGGACUGCAGAGGUCGCUGGGAGAGCUUUGUGGACGAGACCCUGAGAGAGACAAACAGGAGAAACACGGUAGAGCUGGUAAGCACCCACAACAUGCACUCAUCCAGUGAGGACGAUGACAUGGAGAGCCCCUUCCCCAACGACCUGUCUCUCCAGCAGGCCUUCUCCGACUAUCAGAUCCAACAGAUGACUGCCAACUUUGUGGAUCAGUUUGGGUUCAAUGAUGAGGAGUUCAAUGAGCAUGAUGAAAAUAUCAAUGCCACAUUUGACAGAAUCGCUGAGAUUAACUUCAAUCUAGAUGCUGAUGAUAACAGUGCCAAUGCGGCUGCCUUUGAAGCCUGCUGUAAAGAAAGGAUACGCCAGUUUGACGAUGCCGAAGAGGAAGAGGACAUUUGGGAGGAGAAGGAGAUCAACUAUGCAACACAAGCUAAAUCCAGAACAAGGUUUGGUGUCUCUCAAACGUCAGAGGGAAGCUCCCGGAGCAGCAUGGAGAAUGGAGGCAGGGAGCAGGACCGCGGAUCUGAAUCUGAUGAGGACGAAGACUCCGAGCAAAACACAUCAGAUUCAGGUCCCGGCUGGACAGCGAAUUUCAGGGAGUCUGGAGGAACGACAGCCUCUCAGACCCCACAGUCGUGGGACAGCUCAACUCGGACCGGAGCAGAGACACAUGAAACAGGGUGGGCCAACUUCACUGAGUUCCAGCCUUUCUCUGGCAAAGAGACCAAUCCCAGGUGCAGCUCUCCUGUGGACUCGGAUGCAGAUAAACAAGCUAAACCAAACCCUGAGAAGAGCGCGGAGGUCAGUGCCACUCCUACUGCUUGUGCGGAGAAGGGAGAAGGAAGGAAGGCUCCUCUCGUGGCCUCAGACAGCAGCUCCUCCGGGGGAUCUGACAGCGAGGAGGACGACAAAAAUGCUGCUGCUGCAACCACCACUUCGGAAAAGGCAGACGCCCCUGGAAACCAGACAGCUGACCUCAAAAGUGAGGAAAGUCCGGUGUCUCUGGAGAAACUCUCUCUGUCAGAUCCUCCUAAACCAUCAGAGCAGCAGCAGCCUGCUGACGAGUCACCUGCAAUCACACAGACUGACAGGAAAGAGGAGACGCCACCUCCUCAGGAAGUGUCGGUCAACGGACCCGUCUGAUCACCACCCGACGCAGAACCCCCCCCCCCCUCCCAGUGACGGUGCAGCGGACUGUCGGCCUCCUCCAGAGUGACUCCCCUAAAUAACCUCACUGCAACUACGGUGUUUUUUUUACUGAAUCACUCUGCCACGUUAUUGGACCUGGACACUGCCAAUCAACACCAAUAAUGAGGCGGCGGAACAUGUAAAAAAAAAAAAAAAAUCUAUAUGUAUGAAAAAUAAGAAACUAAAACAACCCCCAACAGAGUGUAGAGGAAUCAUCUUCAAAGCCUUUUUUUCUGAUGUUGCACAUGAUUGCGUGCGGUUUAAAAUGUAGCAGUGAUCUUUGAAAACGACAGAAUCCGAGGGGUAACAUCGUCACCCUUAUUUUUUUAUGUCCUGAAAGAUUUCUCUCUCUCUCUCUCUCUCUCUCCUACCUGUUGGACGCCCGUCGUUAGGGAUUUUACAUGGUCACCCGGAACGGAAUAGCACAGGCUAACUUUUAAACGAUGCCUCAACAAUAAAUACCUGUUUUUCAAAUCUUUUUUUUUUCUCCUUCGAGCUUAAGAAAGAGCACUUAUGCAGCCGUUUACUGUAAGUGAUAGCACAAUGUAAGUGUUCUCCCCUCAUCUCUGCUGGCUGUUUUACCUGCCGCCCCCCCCAUCACCACAUCAAGCUUCUUUUUUUUUCCUUCUCCCUUUGGUUGCGGAUGAUGGACCAUGUCUCGUUGUCGUACAUCACCAGGUGUCUGAAUGUGUUGAAGUGCUUCAGGAGGGUCCGUCGAGGAGGAGGGGCGGGUCAAUGAACAGAGUUCUAAUAGUAUUACUGUCUUUUGCUCAUGUGCAAUAAUGUCAAUUAGCCAUUUUUAUUUAAAAAUGAAAUCAGUUAUUUUUUAUUUUUAAGAAUCGAUUUAGCAUUGAAGACCCAUUUGGUUUAGUUUUGAGCAAACAUUUUGGAUUUAAUCUGAUUUUUUUUUUAAAUUACUUUUUCUGUAGCUCUUUUCUUUGUAGUUGCAUGUUUAACUGGUUCUCUGUUGACCUAGCUAGUGAGCUAAGACCUUCUGAUUGUAUUGACCUUUAAGUUCUUAUUUCUAUCCCCCUUAAAUCAACCAAACAUUAUCUACCUAUAUACAAAUAUUAUCUACAUUUAAAAGUAAUUUUACAAGCAAUCUUGAGAUUACUAUUGUCUGUUCCUUUUUUUUUUUUGUCUCUCCACCGAGCACUUACUCACAGAGCGGGAGCGGCAUCUGAUCAGAGCGAUGCUGUAUGGGUUUCUUUUCUUUUCUAAAGUUAAUUUUAAUUUCUCUCUGAGCAGCAGGAUUGGAAAGAGGGCCGGCCUGCUGGGCUCUGUGGAGCCCCAGGCCUCUUUGGUGUACUUACUUCAACCAGGUUCUCCGGUCAUUGUUAAGAAAACCAAUUGAAAUUAAAAGUGUCUGGUUGACCACAUUAAUACCAAA